UGUUGUUUUUAACAUUGCAAAACAUAUAAAAGGAAGGUUCCUAGACAAGAGGAAGAAAAGAGAAUUUGAGUAAAAAAAGUGCUACAGAACUAAAACUGUAAGAGCAUUCCAGGAGAGCUUAGGAGGCUGAGUACCAACAUCUGCUAGGUUCCUUAAACUCAAGCCCCUUUGAUUCCAACCCAGACCCUUGGGUUUCGAUUCUCUAAUUUCUCAGAGAUUUGGAGCAGAGGCAAUUUAAGUCAGCGUGCAUGUUCAGCGUUGAAGUUUGCAAAUUUUGCUCAGUUUUAUGCUUGCAAGAACUGUGCCAACAGACACUGGAAAAAUGUUGGCUUUCAUUUCAACUUUGGCAUGCUGUUGUUUGGCUCUCGCACACUAGUUAUCUGUUCACAUUUACCUUAAAUAAUGAUUAGAAACCUAACCUGCAACAGGACAGUUGAAGUAACUUCUGGAACAGUUUGUUUCCUUCUUUCCUCCACCCCCUUAAGACUUUUUGUCUUGUGGGAUUUGUUUGCAAUCUGCUAGUUGAAGCUCUGAGGCAAGUUUGCCAGAUCUGGGGCUGCAUCAUCAUUCAGCACAUCUGGAAGUGGUUUAUGGGCUCUCAUUCCUUCAGUGCCGCGUCUGGACUCUGUGCUAUUCCUCAGCAGCAGAGACAGAAAAGAAAACCAGCACAACUCCAAAGUAAACUUUGAAGAGUUUGAAAAAGGAAUUGAAUCUUAAAACUGAUUCUGUGCCCUGUAAGGCCCUUGUACGGGGACUUUAAAGGAGGACGAUGGGCAAGGAAGCUUUGGCAAGAGAGCUGACAGCUGUGGGCUAUCUAGGAUCCAAGUAAAAAGCUCUACAGCUCUUCAGGAGAAAGGAGUCCCGAGUACUGUGCUGCUUUGAUGAGUUUCCAAGAAAACAAAUAGAAGGCACUACUUUCGGAGCAGCCUACAUACAAGCCACUUGCACAAGUUCCCCUUUUACUGUUGUUGGUAGGACAAAUCCUAGUUCGGGAAGUAUACUCUGGCAAGAGUUAACCAGAUCUUACUGUUACUUCUUAUAUUAACUGUGUGUGCAAUUCUGUACAACAAAGUUCACAAAGCACCACCUGCCUUAGAGAAUGAAGCAGGUAAAUGACUUCUGUUUCAUUUACGUUUCUGAUUUAUAGUUCUUUCCUCUUCAUUUGAGCAGUUUUUUGUUUUGUUUUGUUUUCUUUCCCCCUAAUUAAACCAGUUUGCCUCGCAGUAAAUGAGCCAUUUAAGCUGUUGCAUCUGGUCUGGGAUGCAGAAGUAUUUUGCUUCUGAAUUCCUCAAAUAAAAUAGCGUGAGAGUGACUAAGAAUUGUCCUCCUGCUUCAAAUUUUUAUCCAGAUGUCACUGAUGAAGUUGGAAGCUGGUGUAUAUCUUUGUUUACACUGAACACUAUUUUUUUUCCUUGUUAUUAUUAGCAACUUCCUCAUGGUACAGAACUUUGCACUAUUCCUUUCUAGUGUGCUUCCCAAAGAAGGGAAGCUCAUGCAAUUGCACCAGCCCUCCCACUUCCCUCCUUCCUUUGAUAAUUUUGGAAUCUAUCGUUCAAUUUGUUCUAAAUAUAACUGAGAAGUCUCAAAGGUAUUCAGACUUCUUCAGGUUUCAUGUGAAUAAGCAGCUACAUGGAGGACAGCCUGAAUUGUGUCCCUGUUGAGUAGAAGGUACAGAGAACUCUGUUCUGUGUUCUAUUUGAAGACAUCCAACAGUCCUGUCCACCUACAUGUGGUUCUGGAUUAGCAACAGCUCAUGCUACGCGUCUUGGCGGAUGUGGAUGUGUAUAGGAUGUGUUGACUUGGAGAAUCCUAAGGAAAUGGAGGAAGAAAUCCCAGUUGUAAUCUGCGCUGCUGCAGGCAGAAUGGGUGCAACUGUAGCAGCAAUCAGUAGCAUCUACAGCAACACAGAGGCUAAUGUUUUGUUCUACAUAGUUGGACUGAAGAACACCAUUCCACAUAUUCGAAAAUGGAUCGAAAAUUCUAAACUGAAAGAAAUAAAAUUUAAGACUGUGGAAUUCAACCCCAUGGUACUAAAAGGAAAAAUCAGACAAGAUGCAUCGCGUCCUGAGCUACUGCAGCCUCUGAACUUCGUUCGAUUUUAUCUUCCUUUGCUUAUCCAGAAACAUGAGAAAGUCAUAUAUUUGGAUGAUGAUGUCAUUGUUCAAGGCGACAUUCAGGAACUCUACGACACGAAGUUGGCUCCCGGCCACGCUGCGGCUUUUUCAGAUGAUUGCGAUCUCCCUUCCACACAUGAGAUGGUUAGAAGCGUAGGGAUGCAGAACACAUACAUGGGAUUCCUGGACUACAGAAAGCAAGCCAUUAGAGACCUUGGCAUCAGCCCCAGCACCUGCUCCUUCAAUCCUGGCGUAAUUGUUGCUAACAUGACCGAAUGGAAAAAUCAGCGGCUCACAAAGCAGUUGGAAAAGUGGAUGCAAAGAAACGUAGAGGAAAACCUCUACAGCAGCACCCUCGGGGGAGGCGUGGCAACCUCUCCGAUGCUGAUAGUCUUUCACGGAAAGUAUUCCGCUAUUAAUCCUAUGUGGCACAUACGGCAUCUCGGUUGGAGUCCCGAUACCCGGUAUUCAGAGCAUUUUCUUCAAGAAGCUAAGUUACUUCACUGGAAUGGGAGAUACAAACCUUGGGACUACCCCAGUGUUCACACUGAUCUCUGGGAAAACUGGUUUAUUCCCGACCCUUCAGGGAAGUUCAAAUUAACGCGUCCUGACAGCUGAUACCGAAAACACUUCAUCGCAUUCAAACCCUUUGGUCUGCAGUAUGCAAAUAGUUGGAGACGCAACACAUCAAAUUGUAUAACUAACUGAGUUUAGACAAUUAUUUCUUAAAUAUUGCCAUAAAAUGACCAUCGGUUUUGAGGGCUUACGGGUGGAGUGUUAGUUACACAGUUCACGUUAUUUUUACUUUCAAACACGGUGAGGAAACAAGUUUACUUUACAAUGAAAUAUUUUUGUUAAAUAUUUACUGUGGUGAAGUCAGACAACGCGUUUCAAUGUGAGGUCCAGUAUCUGCCAGCAGAAAAAAAUCUACAAAGGAAAUGCUUGCAAUAUUAGAUACGAGGUGUUUUCAGCCUACCAGGUGACACUGAGCAGCUCAAAAUUAAAAUUUGG